AACUGGGUUUCGCUGCGGUCCACGUCCCCGCGCGGGGCUGAAUCGCUGAAGUGGCUGCGCUGCGGUGUGAGGGCCACGGGCCUGCCGCGUCCGGGCAUGCUACACCAAGACCUCCAUCUUUGGACUUGAAAAAAUGUUCUGGAGCUGGGCAGUGGUGGUAAAGGUAUACCUUUAAUCCCAGCACUUGGGAGGGAGGCAGAGGCAAGCUGAUCUCUGAGUUCGAGGACAGACUGGUCUACAGAGCAAGUUCCAGGACAGCCAGCGCUACACUGAAAAACCCUGACUCAAAACAAAUAAAAGUUGUUGAGUCCAAAUUGCUACAUCGUGACUUGUGACAAGUUGUGACUUGGACAGCUCUGAUAGCUAGCUGUCUUUUCCCCGGCCCUGAGCUGUUGAGUGCUGCUCCUUCUGAGGCCUCCUCACUGGACGCUUGUCCCUUGUUCUUCCUCAGCAGUGUUGCCUCUCUCAACCGUAGCUGUUUCUGAUACCACAGAGGGGCAUCUGCCUCUGUCCCACCUGUGCCUUGGCGAAUGCCAUGGCCUGGGAGUGCCCUGCCCAGCCGCUCUCAUCUGCAAAGCCAGACUUCAUAUGGCAAGGACAGGAUGCCAAGGCCCCAGCUGCUCAAGGAGGACAUCAGCCUGGCCUCCCAGUCUGCACUGAGCAGCUGUCGCUGAUCCCUGGGCCGAGCAGAAGGCGAUUGCUGACAGCCUGAAGGGCUGUCUGGCCAAGACACUCAGCCCUGCUUCCAACUCACCCAGCAAGAUGUGGACAGCCCUGGUGCUGGUGUGGAUUUCCUCUGUGCUCUUACCUAGAAGCCAUAUGAUGUCUGCAGAGCCACGAAACAUAGUCACUAACAAGUGGCCUAAAGCAGUAAAUCAAAGCAUGCUGAGGGACACAGUUCCAAGGACUGAUAAUACAUUUACCGAGAGAACAGCCAUAGUGCCACCUGCUCCUGUCACAUUGACAACAGAGACCUGGGCAGCCACCCUGAACUCUACCAGAGUGACAGCAGAGGUGACAACACACGGAACAAACACGAGCACUCCAACAACCAGAGAGGGGACAACAGACAGGGUGACCUCCAGAACUCUGGCUGUACCUACAUCCUCGGGCCCCUCAUCUGCAGAGCAGACUAGACCCACCACCAUUGCUGGGCUCCCCUCCCUCAGCACACCACAUGCAGAAGUGCCAAGAACAAAUGCCAGCGUGUCACCAAGAACAGCCAUGGCAGCAACUGUGGCCCCCCACACGGCGACUCUUGCUGCAGGCACCGUAAACACAAGUGAUCCUCACACAAGGACUCCGAGUCCUGCCAAAAGCACACCCACUGACACAUCCAGCAAGAACCCCAUACCCACCUCAGGUGCCCAAAUACAAGGUACCACCGUCCAGCUGACCACAGACCAGCCAGUGCAUAGCACAGCAGGUAGAUCAGCACUUAGUCCCUCAAACGCCACCCUGGAGCCCACCACCACCCAGGUACAAACCAAGGAGCCAUCUGCCAGCACAGUGCCAGCGCGUGCUACCAGCCUGAGCCCUGAUGUAGACGUCAUAUCCCCCACCACACAGCCAAGCCCUACAUUACCUACCCAGGGCACAGGUGGGCCAGGUACACUCCUGACAACAGAGCAGGUGGGGACCAAAACCACAUCUGGUACUGCCUCUGCUGGGCCAACAUCCAGGAGCUCAGGGGACAUUAAGGUACCAACCACAGACUCGUGCCAGCCUAGCACCCAAGGCCAGUACCUAGUCACCAUUGAUGCCCUGACCCCAUCCUUGGUGAACAAGAUGUUACUUCUGGUGGUGCUCCUUGUUGGGGUGACCCUCUUCAUCGCAGUCCUGGUGAUGUUUGCCCUGCAAGCCUAUGAGAGCUACAAGAAGAAGGACUACACGCAGGUGGACUACCUGAUCAAUGGCAUGUAUGCCGACUCAGAGAUGUGAGGGCUUCUCGGGAGGCCAGCCUCUACCAUGGCCGCCUGUUUUGCCUCAGACCAAACUAAGUGCUUCCAGAUCCUUUCGGUGCAAUUUCAGAGCUGUGCCAGAUGCUAGACACAUUUAAUAGCUGUCAGAUCAGCUCAUGAUCAUAUCAUGAGAAAACCGCCUUUUCAUAUUUAUUUUUCUAACUGAUCACAUACGCAGGAGUGGCCAUGGUCGAGAGGGCCUGACACACUUGGCCCUCGAUGUAUGAAAUCUUGACCAGAAUUAAAAGCAAAGACGUCUCUCCUGUCCA